GCGGCGGGGCGGGCAGGAGCCGCACGCCAGCCGAGCGCCUGCCGGCCCGCACCUCCGUCGUUUCUCCGGGCCCCGAGGCCCGCCCCGCCGCCCCCGAGACUGGGCCGCGCCCCUCUGCAGAGGAUGCCGGGUGGCCCCUGCAUCCGCGGCCCCGGGCAGCCCCUGCGCGUGGGGAACCCGGGAGGCGGAGGGGCGUGCUGAGCCGGCGCGGGCGGUACUGAAGGGACAGCUCCCGGGGACAGGCGGCAGAGCGCGCAGCGGGUCCGCAGCCCCCAGCCCGCGGCAAGCCGGGCUGGCUCAUGGUCCCCGAAGCAGCGGGCCAGACGGAGGCUCCUGCGGCCGCCGGGCCCACGGGGAUGCCCCGCGGGUGAGGCAGCCCCCAGCUUCCAGCCGCGUUCAUGGCGGUGGCCAGGAAGAUCAAAACUUUGCUGACGGUCAACAUCCUGGUGUUCGUGGGCAUCAUCCUCUUCUCGGUGUACUGCCGCCUGCAGGACCGCUCAGAGGGGCCGGUGCAGAUCGUGCGCAGCGCCGACCGCCGGGUGCGCAGCCGGCACGCCACGGUGGGCGCGCUGGCGGAGCGCGAGGCCAUCCUGCAACGCCUCGACCACCUGGAGGAGGUGGUCUACACCCAGCUGAACGGGCUCGCCAAGCCCAUCGGUCUGGUGGAGGGGCCGGGCGGCCUGGGCCAGGGCGGCAUGGCGGCCACACUGCGUGACGACAGCCAGGAGACAGAGGGCAAGUUCGAGGAAUACGGGUACAACGCACAGCUCAGCGACCGCAUCUCCCUGGACAGGACCAUCCCUGACUACAGGCCCAAAAAGUGCAGACAGAUGACCUACUCGGACGACCUGCCCCAGAUCUCCGUGGUGUUCAUCUUUGUCAAUGAAGCCCUCUCGGUCAUCCUGCGCUCCGUCCACAGCGUGGUCAACCACACGCCCUCCCAGCUCCUCAGGGAGGUCAUCCUGGUGGACGACAACAGCGAUAACGUGGAACUCAAGCUCCACCUGGACCAGUACGUCAGCAAGAGGUACCCGGGCCUUGUGAAAAUCGUCCGAAACGGCAGGAGAGAAGGCCUGAUCCGGGCUCGCCUGCAGGGCUGGAAGGUCGCCACGGCCCCUGUCGUGGGCUUCUUCGACGCCCACGUGGAGUUCAGCGUGGGCUGGGCCGAGCCCGCCCUCUCGCGGAUCCGGGAGGACCGCCGGCGCAUCGUCCUGCCGGCCAUUGACAACAUCAAGUACGACACAUUUGAGGUGCAGCAGUACGCCAGCGCUGCCCACGGCUACAACUGGGGCCUCUGGUGCAUGUACAUCAUCCCGCCCCAGGACUGGCUGGACCGUGGUGACGAGGCAGCGCCCAUCAGAACCCCGGCCAUGAUCGGCUGCUCCUUCGUGGUGGACCGGGAGUACUUCGGGGACAUCGGCCUGCUGGACCCGGGCAUGGAGGUGUACGGUGGGGAGAACAUCGAGCUGGGCAUGAGGGUGUGGCAGUGCGGCGGCAGCAUGGAGGUUCUGCCCUGCUCCCGCGUGGCCCACAUCGAGCGUACCAAGAAGCCCUACAACAACGACAUUGACUACUACGCAAAGCGCAACGCCCUGCGGGCGGCCGAGGUGUGGAUGGACAGCUUCAAGUCCCACGUGUACAUGGCCUGGAACAUCCCCAUGAGCAACCCCGGCGUGGACUUUGGGGACGUGUCCGAGCGGCUGGCCCUGCGCCGGAGGCUGAAGUGCCGCAGCUUCAAGUGGUACCUGGACAACGUGUACCCGGAGAUGAGGACCUACAACGACACGCUCACGUACGGAGAGGUGAGAAACAGCAAAGCCAGCGGCUACUGCUUGGACCAGGGGGCAGAAGAUGAUGACCGUGCCAUCCUGUACCCCUGCCACGGGAUGUCCUCCCAGGUGGCUGGGUAGACGGUGGUCCUUUCCCAGCAAGCCCUGCUGUGGAGCGAGCAGUGUGGGGCCAGCCGCGGAGGUGUCUGGGGCAGCGAAUCGCGUGGCUGAGUGAGGUGUGGGUGUUCCAAGGACGCCGCGUGACGCCUGGGGGAGCGCCCCCCUCCACCUGCGAGUGGACCCUGGGGCGGCCGGCAGAAGCGGCCUCGCUGCUGGAACCAGGGUGGAUGUGGACACAGGUGGACGGGGAGGCCAGUCCACAGGACCGUGCCCCACGGAGAGGUCGGUUGGACCCAUGUGCCCACCAGGCCGGACACGCCCGUGGUGGUGUCUCCUUUGCAAAUGACUUCAGUCGGUUUGGUCUCAGUGGAGGCUGCUGAGGUGUUCAUGGGGACAAGCUACAUCCCCAAACCCCGAUCCCCGGCUGUGUUAGUGUCCUGGGGCCAACUGGGAACUGGUUUAAAUGACAGGUGUUUAUCCUCUCAGCUCUGGAGACCAGAAAUCUGAAAUCACGGCCUGGGCAGGGCUGUGCUCCCUCCUGAGGCUCUAGGCCCACCCUUCCCGCCCCGGUGGUCCCACAGUUCUUGUCUGGUGGCCGCAUCCCUCCAGGCUCUGCCUCCGUCAUCGCGUGGCCUGGGCGGGCCUGUGGCUGAGUCUUCACCCUGCCUUCUCCUUGUGUCUCUGUUUUCUCUGCUUAUCAGGAUACCAGUCAUGUUGGAUUAGGGCCGCCCUGACCCAGUAUGACCUCAUCUUACCUUGAGCACUUCUGCAACGAUCCUAUUUCCAGAUAAGGUCACAUUCACAGGUGCCAGUUAGGACUUCAACAUGACUUCUGGGGGGAAGCAGUUCAGCCUACAACAUAAAGAAAGCCAGUCUCGGACCAAAAUCUGCACACGUACAGAUGGUUAGUAAACAGUCUUCAGGGAGCAGACACAGACCAGUGCAUGGACCCCUCACGAUGGGGCCCAGCCCUCUGUCCUCUGGUCACUGCGCUGGCCUGACCAGUGUGAGUGAGAGGGACACGGGGCAGGCGCGUCCACCCCCGUGUGGGCAUGGGACCCCUCCUGGGCUGGACUCGACAUAGCCUGGGGGUCGUUAGGAGGCCCUUCCUUUAACCUGUCAGGUUUUAUUCUGACCACUUUCAAGCUUCCAGAAAAGUAGAAAAGUCUUCAGAUGACCAACCACACACUCAUGGGGUCGGCAAAGAGCAGCCCGCCGGCCAAAGGAAAGUUUUUACCUUUUUACAGGUUUAUGGAGGGAAAAGAAGGGAAAACACGUGCAGCAGUAACCGUGAAGCACACGUGCUUGUCCCUGCCCCUCACAGACACGGGUCUCCACCCGAUCCUGAUACAGUGGUGUUCAGAUCGGGCCGUAUUUGCAUCAUUUAUUUUUUUCUGAGUCAUUUUAAAGCACGUUGCAGGCGUCAGGUCCUUUCACCUCAGAGUAUUUCAGAACGCAUCUCUAAAAGCACACGGCUUCCCCACAAGCCAGCGGCAACGCCUGUGGUCACCGAAGCCCUUCCCAGCCCGGCUCGCUGCCCCGCUCGGCGUCUGGGACAGACCUCCCUGAGCACGGGCCGUGCCGGCUCCCGGCACUGAGGCUCCCGCUUCCGAGCUCCGCCAGGGCUUACCUCCAAGGCUGAAGCUACAGGUGGCAGGGGCUCCGGCUGGGAGCUUGUGCUGGACAUUUCAGGGGCUGCGGACCCCAUAUUCAAAUCUCCGUGGCUUCAGAAAGUUUACAGAGAAGGGACACGAGCAUAUCUGUGACCACCUGUCCCCAGGCAGAAUGGCCCGCCAGGACCACAGUCUUUAUUUUACUCACAGAUCUGCAGCAGGACCCGCUCUGCACGGCACUGCCCAGGCCACCCGGCAGGCUGGUGAGGCCACGUCUGAGCCACCGUGAGCUGCCGCUCCGGGGCCUCGGCCCCUCCGCACACGGCCCCCCCCUGCUGCUCGGGCCUCCUCACCCUGGAGACGUGGGAGGUGCCACGCGCGUUUACGCCCCGCCCCCAGGAGGACGCAGGAGAGAACGUGGGCCCCAUGCUAAGUGGGGGUGGCAGAGUCGCAGGGCCGCGCGAACGUGCAGGGGAGGUGCUGCGCCACCAGGUUGUACUGGAAACACAGCAGAGGGCGCGCGAGCGCCCACUCUUCUGGGAGAGAAAACGCGAGAAAGGAGAGGAGAGAAGCACUUGACCGACCCCGGCACCUGCUGUGCUCAGCCUGCACUCCACACGCCUGUGGGUUCCCCACGGUGGCCCUGCCCGGCCGGCACUGUCAUCAUCUCCCGCUCACAGAUGAGGAAACCGAGGCACAGAGAGGUGGCGUGACUCGCCCAAAGCCACACAGCCGGGGAGCGGAGGAACCUAGAGCACUGGUUUCCUCGUGGGUGCACAGGCGUUACUGAGCUGGUGUUUGGCAAAUGACGUGACCUGGAACCAUGAACUUGGGGCGGCCUCCGGUUCGAGGGCAGACGGGCGGCCCGGGGCAUGUGUGAAUUCCUCCUCGUCUGAGGCCGAGGCUCUGGGCCCCAUGGAGGGAGGGGUCCGAGCAAAGCUCUGGGGAAGGAGUCCGAGAGCAUCCCGCUGGGGGAAUUUGUGGAAGAAAGGGGGCUGGGGCCGCAGGGCCACCGGAAGGCAUCCCCUGUGGGCUCCCCGCCCUCGGCCUCUCAGGCGCCCUGGGGCCGAGGGGGCUCCUUGGGGCCCGGCCCCUCCCCAGCAAGGCUGGCCCCUGACCGGGCUGGGCCCGCCCGCGAUGCCCCACCUAUUCCCUCCAGGGCCUCGGGUGGCCCCUGUGAGGCCAGCCCCGGCCCACCGCCCGCUCCGCCUC